AUGCUACGCAACGAGGCUCGGGCUAUCGAGUACGUCCGGCACCAUACGACUAUACCAGUACCGACCGUUAUCUCCAUGUUCGAGGACCGCGGCUGCGUCUACAUGGUCCAGGAGUACGUGGAGGGUACAGUCAACGGCUCGACCAUCCGGCUCUCCGUCGACGCCAAAGCCGAAAUCAUCUCUCAGCUGGAGGGCUUCGUCGGUCAGCUCCAUGCUCUGACCGACCCUCGCUUCCGCAGUUUCGUCGGCGCACCGUUCCUCCCUCCCCGCUUUCAUGCCCAUCGCCUACCGCUCGAGCACGCCAACUAUCGUUCGAGCUCGUCCCCUCCUUACGUCCUUUGCCACGGCGAUCUCAGCUGGCAGAACCUCCUGAUCGACCCAGAGACGUACGAGAUCAAGUGCGUAAUCGACUGGGAGUAUGCGAGCUUUUGUCCGGUCGAGAUGGAGAAGGAGGAUUGGAGAAGGCCGGAUCCGUAUACGCUGCGGAAGGGGGAAAGCUCGGAUGUGGUUCCUAUGUUCGGAAUGCUUCUUGAUUUGGCGGGGAUCAGCUCGGUAUGUAUUUCAGGUCAUCUUUAUCAUCUUUCCGAUGCUGAUAGAUCUAGUUCGCAGAACGCUUCCUCCUCUACUCUACCGCCGCCUUAUCCCUCUUCCCGUACAUCCCGGAUCCAAGCACCACCUAUAGACCGACUGAACUUCCGACGCCGUGUCUUUGAGACACCAGCCCAGCAGACCGCCGCUCGAUACAUUGUCAAGCGGACAGUGCCGUCCGCGGAGCAGGAGGUCGGCAGUACCCACUUUUGGCAUGAUCCCCGGGACGCAGACAUGCUGCGGAACGAGAUCAAAGCCAUCGAGUAUGUACGCUCGCAUACGACGAUUCCGGUCCCAGUAGUCGUCACCAGUUUCUCGGAUCGGAACAGCGUCUAUAUGAUCCAAGAAUACGUCGAGGGUACGGUCAACGCCGGCGGUACCCGCUUGGACCCAGCUGCCCAAGACAAGAUUAGAGCGCAGCUCAAGGGGUACAUCGAUCAGCUCCACGCUCUCACCGACCUCUCCUUCCGCAGCUUCGUCGGAGCACCCUUCCUCCCCGCUCGCUUAUACCGCAGCCGUCUCCCGCUCGAGGAGGCCAACUAUCCACCUGCGACCCCAUCUCAACCUUACGUCCUAUGCCACGGCGAUCUCGGCUGGCAAAACAUCCUCAUCGAUCCUCAGACCUACGAGAUCAAGUGCAUCAUCGACUGGGAGUACGCUGGGUUCUAUCCUGUAGAGCUGGAGGGUGAUCUGUGGCAGCGGCAGGAUCCGGCGCUGGGAGUGCCUCCGCCGAUGUCGGACGUCGAGACUACCAUCUCGGCGCUGGUCAAGCUAGCAGCUCGGGAUGAGCAGCCGUCAGAGAGGAGGAUGGUCACGGCGCAUAUGGAGGACGACCAAGAUGAGGUGGAGGAGGAUACCAUGGACCAGUGA